AUGGGGCCGGCGGGCGAGGUCGUGGCUGGGCCUUGGGGGGAUUGUGGCCCACGCGGGGACGCGCUGGCCCACACGGGCGCGAGAUCGGGCUCCGGCAGGGUCGAGCGGGCGGACGCCCGCGCGAAGCAGGACGGCGGCGGCGGCUUGGCGCGUCUCCGGCGGAGCUCCCGCAGAGGAGGGAGGCGGAUCCCGCCGGGGAUGGAUGGAUCCGGGCGGUGGGGGCCGGAUCCCGCCGGAUCCGUGGCCGGAGCUGGGCGGCAGCACGGAGGCGGGACAACACGGAGCCGGCGACGAGCUUCAUGGUGGCGGCGGCGAGGAGCACUGCAGGGGAGCUGGCAUGGCGAGGUCCGGCGACGAGCGACGAGGCAGCGGGGUCGCGAGGCGGCGGGGACGUGCUGGAUCGGGAGCUCCUCUCCUGAUCUGGAGCUUGGGGCGCAGGGGCGGCGCGGUCCGGGCCCUGAUGGGCUUCGCGGGCUUGCCCCGGGCCUGGUCGGGCCGUGGCGGCGCGGGGAGACAGGGGGCGCGCUGGGGACGUGGGGAGGCCGCGUGGCGGCUUCCGGCUGGUCCAGCAGCGUGCGGGUGGCGACGACGGCGAAUCUGGCGGUGACAAGUGGCGGGGAGAGGUAG